GGACCCAACAAAACCUUGGGUGGUGUACAGGAUUCCCAUGCACUCGCUGGCACCCCUUAAUCAUACAGAGAAGACUUUUCACACCAAAACACAUAAAACGACACCGUUUCACCAUUUCAGUUUUCACUCUUGUUCAACUACACCUCCAAAAUUGCCGCUUUAGGGUUCAACAAUCGGAUCCGCAACUCACCAAUUUCGUUCUAAUUCCCCUUGAAAGUUUCCGAGUCUCUGAUGUGAUGUCUUCCGCAGCACCCAAUUACACCUCACUUCCAUCGCCAUCUUCAUCCAACUCCGCCGCUCCUUAUUUCGUCUCACGCGCCGCGACCUCACCGCGACGUACCUUCCCCACGCGCCGCCCAUGGGAGGAGGUGUUCGCGCUCUACUCCUUCACGCGCCCCAUUUCCGUGGGCGAGGCCACACUGCGCGUGAAGCGCAACGUCGACCACUUCCGCCUCAACUACGCCAUGAUCAUUCUCUUCAUCCUCUUCCUCAGCCUCCUAUGGCACCCUUUCUCCAUAAUCGUGUUCCUCGUGGCCCUCGCCGCGUGGUUCUUCCUCUACUUCUUCAGGGACAGGCCGGUGGAGCUUUUCGGCCGCGUGAUCGACGAUAGGGCGUUGGCGGCGGUGCUCGCGGUGGUUACCGUGGUGGCGGUGUCACUCACAGGGGUGUGGCUGAACGUGCUUGUGUCCGUACUGGUUGGGGUUGCGGUGGUUGUGUUGCACGCGGCGUUCAGGAGCACCGAGGAUUUGUAUGUUGAUGAAACCGACGGCUACGAUGGUGGAGGCUUGCUUUCGUUUGUUGGAAGCCCAACUAAGAGAACAACCACAACCACCACAGGCUACAAUGUAAUUUAGCUGAAUCAUCCUUGCUUGGAAUAUGAUUUUGAUUUUCUUCUUGUUUUGUUUUGUUUUUUUCUUACAAUGCACAUUUUUUAUUGGAGCAAAAUUGGUUCGUAGUAGGUUCAUGCAUUCUUCAUAGUUAGUAGAAAAAAAAAAACAAAAAAAGAACGGUGUAUAGUGGUUUGUUUUAUGAACGGUGUAAAUUUUCUUGGGUAAAAAUUGAAGGGUUCUUCUACUUGUGUGUUUCGAGUCCAAAUUUCAGUGUUUAAUUAUUUUAUUUUAUUUAUACUUUUAUACGGCUGGCUAAUUGCCAGAAUAUGGCUGUGAUUUUGUUCCUGGAUUGAUGUAACCAAUUCCACAGCUGAUGUGAUUAAGACUUGAUUUUGCAUUGUAAUGGGUAGAAAAUUGGUCAUGCUAUGUAUGUUUCUCAAAUGUAGGUAGGUUUUAGUUUAGUGUUGUGUUUUAGUUAAUUGAAUUCGUUCUAAUUGUAAUGGUUCAA